AUGUUUUCCAGCAACACUGAUUUGACUCUCGAACAAUCACACGAAUGUUUCUACCGUGGUGGAUUCUAUAAUUGGUUCGAAAGAGGUCCGAAUUCAACAUUUCUCUCUCGCGAUUCUCCCGGUUUCAAUCCAUCAGAUGGAAAAAGAUGUGCAAGCGAAGAAGCGAGAUAUUGCAAAUCCGAUCCGAUCACUGAUUUUUGGUAUCAAUGUAAUCAAGAUAUUGAUGAGGAUGAGAAUGGUGUCAAAUUCAAGGGUUGCUAUUUUGGAAGAGGUGCUUUACAGCUCUCAUGGAAUUAUAAUUAUGGAUUAUUCCAACAAUUUUUGCUGACUAAAGGGAUAAAAGUGGAUUUGAUUGAGAAUCCGAAUUUAGUUAUAACAAAAAUGGAUCCACCAUUGGCGAUGAUGGCGUCACUUUGGUUUUAUAUGACACCUCAACCACCAAAACCUUCGAUGCAUCAAAUUGUUGUUGGAGAUUGGAAACCGUCUUCGAAAAAUCGACGAGCUGGAUUUCAAGGGGCGAUUUUUGGCCCAACAAGUUUGAUCAUAAAUAAUGAAUGUGGCGGAGAAGAUAGUGAUGAACCUGGUGGACCUGGAGAAUCGAGAAGAAUCAAGGCUUUCAAGUGGUUUUGCAAAUAUUUCAAAGUUCCUGUUGGACCUGAAAGAACUUUGAGCUGUAAAGGUUGCGAACAUUUUCGAAAUUCUUUUAAAUUAUAAUCCUGAUAUUCCAGGAAUGCUUGAUGGUUUCGAAGCAAUUCAACACAUGUAUUCGUGGCAUCCCGAUUGGGGAAAUAUGUGGCGAUCACAGUCUUGCGAUUGUGCUCCCGCACCUUACGGCGGACCCCUGCCUUAUUAUGAUCCCAAACUUUAUCCACAUGAAUUUACGAAACAAAAUGAUCGGAAUCGUUUGCGAUGUGUUUAUAGUAUUUAUGAGAGUCCGGAUACUUUUCGGAUAGAUGUUGCUAAUUCACCGUGUUUGAAGCAUCGGCCGAAAAUUCGGUUAUCUAGGACUGGCUUGAAAAAUUAA